AUGGCGGAAGUGGAGAUUCGGAUGGAGCUGGACAAGACCCCGAGGAAUGAAUUCAUGCUCGACGCCAGCAUAUUUCCCUUAGCCUUUCUUCCCACGUAUCUAAAGCACCUACGUGCUCGCCAGUGCACGUGGCUGCCGAAGAACGUAACCGGCUACCGGGAGCCAUUUUAUCCGCUGGAUCGAGUGGGGUGCAUCCGUUACGACGUCGCUGUCGGAGACUUGAAACUCGACUCAACGCAGCCUGCGUUCCAGCGCUGCCUCGACACUGUGCAGGCCGCUAUUAGGGAGCUCGACACGUACCCCAAUCGUAUUCGAGCACUCGCGUAUGGCUACGAUGGAACUCCUUCUUCCAGCCUGGCUAGACUCGACCUCAUCGGCGAACCAGCAGUUGUGGACAAACCACUCAUGUCAACAGCGGAGUGGGUGGAGGGCGCCAUUGCUCGCAUCGCUUGGUCCUUCUACAGGUCCUUCCACCUCUUCUCAGUCCGGGGGCGCCAGGCAUUCGAUAUCGAUUCAUCCGGCACCGAAUGGAUGUGGGAGGUUGUACAUGCGCUCCAGCUUCUUGUUCGCAGUGUCCGUUUGUGCGCACCCGAUCUCCUCAAGACAGCACUCGGAGCGAGAGUGUACGGGCACACGGCGUCGAUGAUUUUCACCGUAAUGUCACUUAGCCGGAGUCAUACUUCGUCUGCGUGGAGCCGGCUGCCACUGUCUCUACAGAGCUGCCACCACCACGUUUGUGCGUGUGCGCUCGAGGGCGAAUUCGCGAUAGGCUACCCUCGUCCUGCAAACGCAAUAUUUGCGGAGAUAGAGGUUAGGCCACCCCCGGGCGUCGGAGUGCACGUCUGGCUAUGCAUCAUGCACUUCGUCAGUCUUAAUCACUAUCUGCUUCCCGAUAUCGAUUGCGCCGACGACGUCGACACGUGCCUUCAGAUGCUUGGAAAAGUCCAACGGGCGAGGAGGGCCGCUUUCCUUCCAGACGACGCCUAUUUAGACCACGAUAUUGCGGUUCUGACGGCACUCUAUAAUGAAUGGAGCGCCUGGGAAACUCUCUCCGAGAACGAAGGUGAAGACGAAGAAGAAGGAGAAGAAUUUGUUCCAGCCUUGUUAAGAGAUAUUGAAGAAGAAUUUCAAGGGGAUGUGUUCACCAUCGUCGAGUCGAGGCUGAGCUCUGAACCUAGGAAUGACAGAUUUCCGGUUCGAAUCGUACGCGGCGUCGGGGAUACAGCAACGGUAGAUGCAAUUGGAGUGCUCGAGGGGCGAUCAUUCGUGGAAGACGACUUCGGGCUGUAG